AAACAAGAAGACGAAGAAGAACAUGUCGACGCUGAUACCGCUCUACGAGCACCUGAUCAGAAGAGAAGACAGAUGAUAAACAAGUACUAAUAAAGACCACUUUGCACAACACAGAGUGGACAUCCGUCGGCCGAGCCUCGCCGACAUCCCUGCAGCUCUUAUGCUAAACACGGCAUGGCAGAGAGACCGGACAAUGAGGUGGAGGAGGCUGACCACAUCUACCUGCUCAUGAAGGAGGACUACCGGAUCUCUAGGAAUGUGCGACUGGCGUGGUUUCUUAGUAAACUUAACCAAAUCAUCUGUCCGGCUUCAAAGCCUGAAGUGCUGCACUCUGAAAAUGAACUGGACCUGCUUAGCAUCUUACCUAAAGGAUGGCAGCCAGAUAUCUCCCCAACUCCACACCCAUGCAUACUGAUGCCUUCCACCCGGGCCACCUUCCUGGCCCGGAGGUACCGCUUCAUCAUCGAGCUGGACCUCAGUCCCUCCACAGGGAUUGUGGAUGACAGCACAGGUGAGAUGAUCUUUGAUGAGGUCUUCCACGCCUUGUCACGGUGUCUGGCUGGUCUGGUUCAACCAUUCAAAGUCCCUGGAACAGAUCGAUUUUUCAAGCCUAAGAUCUUCAUCACCAUCCUUGCAUAUUCCUCCAUCAUUGGCCUCACUUCACAUCAGGUUUUGGUCCAAGGAUGUCAGCUUGAUAAAACAGACCUGGAUGAGUUCUUGCAUCACAUCUACCAGCAGCUCAGAGCGUUGGAGAGUAGCAUCGCAGAAGUCCUGCAUCAGCAGCACGAACAGUGCGUGGAGCCGUCACAGAGCUCAAGUGACCAGAGCAGCAGCCUGGACGAGCACCCCCACAGGAAGCAAAGUGUUUCCAUGGUGUCAGCUGAAAUGGGGCUGGUCAGCAUGGUACGCCAGGGCAUCCUGGCCCUUCAGCUGCUGCCUCCCAACUCCAGUGCAGGUAUCAUUAUCAUCACGGACGGGGUUACGAGUGUUCCUGAUGUCGCCAUGUGUGAAACCCUGCUGAACCAGCUCAGGAGUGGAACCAUCUCCUGCUCCUUUGUACAAGUUGGCGGGGCGUACUCCUACGACUGCAGCUUUGGCUAUAUCCCCAACGUCGAGCUGAUGAAGUUCAUCUCAUUAGCUACUUUUGGCUCCUACCUGCCCAGCUGUCCUGAAGUGGACCUAAACAGCGAGGAGAUGAAUGCCUACCACAAAGCAUUUUUAACAUACUCCUUCCUCAAGAGCCCCGAGUCCAUGAACUCAGAGUAUUUCUGUGUUUCCCAGCACAAGCUGUUCAAUGAGCACCUGGUGUCGGCCAGCGGGAACCCUGCUCUGGUCAUGAGGAGGAAGAAGCACACGGAGAAAGAAGUCCAUGCUCAUCUAAUCAGCGUGGUGUCUGUGAGGCUGAGAGAGGGCUACACCAUCACAGACAUCAGCCUUACUAAAGGUGGGACUCAGCUGGAGGUGAAGCUCGUGCUCUUAUGGAAACACAACAUGCACAUUGAGUAUCUCGCGGCUGCCUCCUGGCCUCUGGACCCCUCCAAGAGAACCACCAGAGUGGAGGUGACGAUGGAGGGGAGCUACGACAUCUUGCAUGACAUCAGCUGCACCCAGAGGAAACCCAUCACCAGCCAGUACCGCACCUCUGUCAUCCGACGCUUCUGGAACACACUGCAGAGCAUCAACCAAACUGAUCAGAUGUUGGUGCACCUGCAGUCAUUUAACUCAAUGCCUGAGAACUACAUGAUUCCUGAGAGCACCAAAAAUGGAGUUCCCCUGUUCUACAUCCCUCCUGGCUCCACCACUCCGGUCUUGUCUCUGCAGCACAGUGGAUCGAAAGAUUCCUCCCAGUCCCAGUUUGCAUCAUACUGGAAGCCCAUCCUCUCCAUGGACGCCAACUUCUGGCAGAGAUGGCUACACAUGCAUCGCAUUGUCAUCAUCCUUGAGCAUGAUAUGCCUGUCCCCAAACAUCUGCACACAGCUGGAAACAACGGGCGCUACAGCACCAUUCAGUGUCGCAUCUCCCACUCGGCCCUCACGUCACUGCUGAGGGACUGCAGCAGCUUCGUGCUGGUGGAGGGUUACUCAUAUGUAAAACUCAUAUACAGCUCUUCUGAUCAGCCUCCCACCUCCUUCUACUUGGUGCGUGUCAUCUCAAAGACCCCCUGCAUGGUCCUGCGUCUGGGUUUCCCCAUCGGUACACCGGCCCAUAUUAGGAACAAGAUUGUGGAUGAGCUGCGAGAGCAGAUCCUCAAGCUUCGCUUCCCUCAUCGUGUUCAGAACAAAGAGGCAACACCCAAAACCAAGAGGAAGGCUGUUGGCCACCCAUCUCCCUCCAAGUCUCCCUCCAUCCCUGCUCCCAAGCCUGCGCUCUCUGACAGACCCUGUGUGGUGGUGGUCAGUAAGCCUCUGGAAAAGCUGCUUAUCAGGUAUGACAAGCUUCCUCUAGACUUCAGGACUCCCUUCAUCUUCAACAUGGAGAACUUCCCACUGCCCUCCAACACCACUGCACCCCUCAGUUUGGCAGCGAAUCGCACAGCCUCCUCGACGCUGGCCUCUCUGUCACGUUACUUCCUGCACCAGCGUUGGGUGUGGGCCGUGCAGAGCAGCCAGGGACCGGCUGUAGCCAUGCAGGCUGUUGCCCAUAUCCUGUCCAUGCUCUCGGAGAUUCGCCUGUCAGAAGGCUUCAACUUUGCUGCCAGUGGUGAGGGCAUUAUAAACAUGGUGAUCGAGCUGCCAAUGAAGGGAAUGUCAGGAGACGUGGACAGAGAAAGCCACUCUUGUAUUGUUCAGUAUAUCCUAUUUCCCCCUCACUCUACCUCAACUAAGGACAGCUUCUCCACCGACGAUGACAAUGACACCGAGGUGGAGGCGGUCGACCUGGACACAGAGCUGAACCUCGUGACCGAAUGCUGGGUGGAACCGCAGUGCGGCACGGUGAACUGCGCGGAUCAGCACCGCUACUUUCAGAGCCUUAAGUACCAGGAGAUCCCUCAAGCAAUCUUCCCGAGGGACUUGGCCUGCAUGUCCACCAUGAUGACCUUUGAAUAUCUGAGCCAGCUGUGUCAGAAUAAGGAUCAGGUCUGCUCACUGCCAGCUGGACUCAAGGAUACACAAGGAGAACAUCUGGUCUCUGAGGAGAGCAUCCACAUGGUUCCUUUCCAGUUUGACCUCAUUAAGCUGCUCCCAAAAUGCCAGCAGGUUGAACUCUUUUUCGUCACAUUCAGCACAGCGAUGGGGAAUGAGGAGCAGAUGAACAGCUCCCCCUGCCUGCCCAAUGAGCUCCUGCUCAGCCUCUUCCACACCAGCCUGGAGAACGAGCUGAGUGACAGAGAGAUCCCGUUAGCUGACGGGGACCACGUCGCCUUCAUGCAUCACAUCUUGGAGCGGGAACGAGACGGCCACGUCGCUCCUUUCUCCCUGCCAGUUAUUAAAGAGGAGUGCGUCAAACCUCCAGAGAAACAGGACACGAUGACAUCGUUCUACACCGCCGGCAGCAGCAAAGAGGUGAUGGGGUCAUCCAGCACCUUACAGAGUUUCAGUAAUGCAGACCUUGUGGAUGAAGAGCCCCUGUUGUUGGAGAGCAGCUGCUCUGCACCACAGUGGAGAUGUUAUGCCAAAUGCAUCAGCUCCCAGCAUCUAAUCCUCACGUUCCUUCCUGCUACCUUCACAGAUGUUCUGAUGUUGAUGGCUUCAGGAGAGAAUGAGCCUCGGAGUAAUGUGAGCACACAGGAGGACGACACUUUGACUCCCAGUAACAAAUCUCAGGCUGACUCCUUGUCUGGAUCCACCGGUGGCCUUGAGGGGUCCGAGUCUGGACUCAGCCUGCGCUCUAAUCGGCGACCGAGCUCCAGCACUGCCAGGUCCCCUGUGCUCUCAUCUCCAUCUGAAGGCCAGACUGGAGCUUCUGACUCCCAGACCCUGGAGCAGAACAGCUGGGACAGCAGAGGGUCAGAGAUGGAGAGUUGGAUGCCAGGCUCAGAUGUUGGAGAAAGAGAGGGAGUCCACUUCUCUGAGCCACAGAAGUCAGACUUCCAUAUCAGCCUCAGCAGACAGCUUUCCCAGCAGAGCACUGGUGACAGCAGCCAGCUAAAGUGUCCAGUUUACGUCUACAACUGUUCACUGGAGAAUCUGAAAGAGCAGCUGGUUCACCCAAACUCCAGCCGCCAACCCAGGGACGUCUUCUUCAGAGCUCAAGAUGCAGAGUCCUGGGAGAUGUGUCAGCAGAUGAAGUUCAGCAGGUCUCUAUCUCAGGAUCGCAGCAGUCCGUCUCCUUGGACCGACCUCCUGUCUCAGCCUCACAAACACAAGGAGCUGGCCAACUACUGCAGCAUGCUGCAGGAGCAUUACUACCAGAGCUACGUCAAAGGGGUAUACCGCAGCCUGCAGCAGUCCUACAACAUCAGCUCCCAGGACAUCCUGAUGGCGAUGGACUACUGUGAAGAAUCGCUGCAGGAGAUCGACAUCACCUCCUUCCUGCAGACGCUAUGUGGACACAUCAGGGUCUUCAGGGAACACGGCAAGACUCCAGGAUGGGGAGGAGGGCCUCUGAAACCUUCAAGGAGCCCUGCCACGUUCAUCAUUGGUGAAGCUGAGGGGGAGCAACUCGAUGAUAAAGUGGCCUCUUCAUGCAGUACUGAAGUGGAGGACACCAGUGAGGCUGAAUCCAGAGGAAUUCCUGAUUCCUCUGCUCCUACAUCUCCACCGAUCAAGGAAGAGUCCAAGAAAGGAAAGAUACCAGAAUUCCCUCUGACGCUGCUUCAGACACAACCCACCUGUGAAGUGUAUCCAGAUCUGCACAAAAUAAUACAGGAUAAAUUCAUGGAGAUCCUUUCUCAGUAUUUCAAAAGUGUUCCCUCCAAUCCACACUACUUCUUCUACUCUCCACCUUCAUCCAAGAAAGAGGAGUCGGAGGACGGCGAGAUGAAAAGACGGCCGAGUGAAGAGCUGCUGUCAGAAGCUGAGCCCGCCACUGAAGACGAAAACGUGCCGGCCUCCUGCAUAAUGACGGAGAGUGACACAGAUCUGGUGGUGGAGUAUGAGGAGCACCCAGGCAACAGCUCCCAUGGAGAGGGUGAGGACCAGUCCCUGUCUGACUCCAACACUGUGAACCAGGACCAGGACUCAUUCAGCAUCCUGGAGGGAGAGUCCCUGCUGGAGAAUGAGGCCCCACAGCUGGACAUGCCACCACUGUUUGUUCAUAUUACCUGCUCUGUCAACAUGAAGAGCUGCCAUGGCUCCAUGCCCAUACAGACACUGCCCACGUGCCUGGGUGAGGUCAUUUCCUGCCUGGAGAAUGCUGAGGCGGUGCAGUCUGUAGAUCUGAACGAACUCUCAGUCACGCUGGAUAUUUUUGUUCUGACGCUGCCUCUGGAGAUCGAAGCCAUGGCCGACUUCCAUCAUAACAGGUACACCUCAGAGAGCAGUGUGAAUCGUUCACCAGGGCAGCCCUCCUCCUAUCGCUCUGAUGAGGAGCUGAUGGCCGUGCUGGACAGUCUGAGGGGAGGAAGUGUCAACGGCAUCUCUGGUGACCCCUUAUCCAAACUCCCACUUCCCCACAAGUUGGCAAUCCUGGCCACAAUGGACGAGAUCCGCUGGCUGCUGGAGGACGAGAUCGUCUCUGCUCUGCGUCACUCUCGGGUCAUCGGCCCGGCCACGCUGCAGAAAGUGGCGGAGCACGUUUUACGCUCCAGCGGUCGACCGCACUGUCACUGCGAGGAAGUCCCGCUUCAGUUUGUCUUUGGGCCUGAACUGUCCCUGGAAAAAUUCAAAGAGGAGUUUCGUAGGAUGUCUUUCUCUGGCUAUGUGUUAAAUGGAGAACAGGCCGGCUUCUACUAUAUGUCCCUGAGCAGACUGCACCCACAGAGGAUCCGAGAGACCAAGAGGCUGUCUGAGAGCACUGCAUCCCCCCCACUGCACCCUGCCGCCACCACCACCACCACCAUAUCCUGCAGUGCUGCAGCUCAGGUGGAGACCACGACACUCGAGAGUGAAGCAGAAGCUCAGGCCGACAGUGAGAGUGAGGACAAGAAGCCAGUCAGUGUUGCUGCUGAUGCUCUCAGUGACACGACUACGGACGCUGGUGAAUCAGUUAGAGCCUUGAAGCCUGAAGCGGAUGACUCUGUUAGCAUGGUUGGGGACAGAGGUCAGCCCAGUGCCCCCCAGCUCCAGGCAGAGAGCUGCACAGAGUCCAGCUCACCCCCAAAGACACCAUCGAGUGUCAGCCUGGCUGAGUCAGUGCAGUCGGCCUCUCACAGUGGCGGCAAACUCAGGCCGAGUCGAGUCCAGAGUGUCGUCUCCAGCCAAGGCAGCCUGGACUCAGACAUGCAGGGUUAUGAUGGUGGCAGCAGCGACUCUGAGUGUGAGAGCCCCACCCUGGACGAACAGGAGUGCCAGUCCCGGCUUAUGCCAGACUUCUGGCUCAUUGUUAAGAUCCACCAGGACAGAGUGACGGUCUACUCCCACUCCAGGUGCUUCAGUGAGGGAAAAGAGGUCGGCACUGAGGAGCUGGAGAAGAAAGAGGAAGAGCAGGAGUUGCCUGAAUACUUACAGCUCCACCAAAUGGUGGUCAGGAAAAUCGGAGACAUGUGCAGAAUUGUGAAUCAGCGUAUGCUGCUCCAGGACCUGCACGACAGCCAUCUUUGUAACAAGCUGCUGGUGGCUGAGAGUGAGGAAGACAUCUGGAAGAGUGAGCCUCACUGCAGGCAGAGGCUCAACACCUCUGAUGAUUACAGCACAGAGGAGAGCUACCAGGCCAGAGAUUAUCUGGCUGCUACCAUGCAGUUUAUCCCAGGGCACUUUGCCUGCGAUGUGGUGUGGCGCACAAUCAUCCACAUUCACCCCCGACUCAAGAUGGGACCCAACAUGGGAGUGGCCAGAGCGAUCCAGGCCCUGCGCUCUGUGUUGAAUGCGUUCUGUGUGGUCAACAGGAAGAACAUGUUUGUCUACCAGGAGCGUACCACUAAAUCAGUCUUCUACCUCAGACUCUGUGAAACGUCACUAACAGGGAAGUACUCCGACAUGGACGGGAACCUCCACACGCCUCGCUGCAUCGGGCUCGCCAGGAGUCAAGAGCCUUCGAUGUCCGAGGACUCUGUAGGCUCCAGGUCUUCUUUGGAGGGCUCUCGGCCAGUUGGACAAGUAGAUAAGCACAUCCUGCUGCUGGUGCAUGGAGUGGGGAGUGCAGGUCCAGAGAUCACAGACGAGCUGGUGAAGGUGCUGCGUAAGCGCCUGGAUGAAACCACCUUGGACAUCAUCACUGUUAUGCUUGUCAGGAACUGCAAGCUGACGCCAGCUGAUGUGGAGUUCAUCCAGCCGUCAGGAUCUCCAGCCACUGAGGUGAUGACCUUCAGCCUCCCCCAGUACUGCCUCCCCUGGCUGUCCGCUGUGGCUCACUACCUCAAACAGAACCUCCUCAUCUUCCUGCACGUGCCCAAGUACACGGACAUGAAUACAGCACAUCACUUCAAGCACUACUUUCAUUUGAGCAGUGACAUGGCUGACGGUGAUAUCUACCUCUACAAUAAGCCCGGAGGCCAGGGGACGGGAGGCAAAGGUAUCGCCUGCAUCGCCCUCUCCUUUGUCGAUGCCCACGGUCGGCCCCUUCAAGUUCCAGCUCAGGACUGUGCCGCCCUGCAGAGGUCCGAGAACUGCACCGUCCCCCUUCACCCAGAUCACUUUAAUGAGCUGACCGCUGUCGUCAAAGUGGAGUCCAUCAUUAGCGGCUCAGAGCCGCAGCUGUAUGUCCGCUUCGACAUCUGGGAACAAGGCAACAUUAGCCCCUUUCAGCUGAGUGACAAACUGCAGGGGGCACUGCGCCACGCUCUGUGUGACGUUGUCAUGGAGCUGAGAGUAUUGCCAAACCCUCUCUGUGUCGGGGUCCUCUGCCCGGCAACGAAAGCUCAGAAAGAAGAGGCAAAAGGACUGCUGAUUCCUUUGCCUGAGGUGAAAGAAGUGAAGGACAGCCCCAGGCAGCGCAGCGGCUCAAGGGUUUUUAAAACCAGUCCAUCUCCGAUCAGCUUAAUCCAAGCUGUAGGAGGCGGCCCCAUGACAGGAAGUAGCACACCCGAGUCCACCACGCCUACUGGCAAAAGCACUCGCCGCAGCUUCUGGGACAUACUGAGUAAGCCAGACUCGGCUGAGCUCGGGAGCCCCAAGACGACAGACGACAUUGUGCAGGAGAAAGGAGAGGAGGGCCGAGCGGCGCGCCGCAGACACAAGACGGAGAACGUAAAGCAGCAGUGGAGCCAGGACAAGACGGUGGCUGUGGAGCUAGAGCAGACCCAGAGGAGGCAGCUGUCUCAGUUUGAGGAGGGAGAUGUGGGCACUCUGCACCCCAUUUACCAAGAUAUCUGCCAGCCAUGGAUAACUUUCAUGGCCAAACUUGGUUGUCCCUCCAUUCAGCAGUGUACAACUAAAACUGCUUCACACUUCCUGCUGCCCUCCAUCUUGGCAGAGAUUGUCAGUUUGGUCAGCUCGCUGGCCGCCGAUACAACAGUGAAGACAUUUCGAAAGACAAGCUGCCCCACAUCUGGAGACCAUUUUGUGCCGCUCCCUCUUGCUCAGAACCUCAGCCAACCACCGGAUGCUGUGAGGAGCUUCAUUCUCAUCGGCCGCAACUUCCAUCAGUGGCACUACAGCACAGAGCAAGAAGACAGUUCAGAUGAGGAAAACAGCCCAGUGCUAAAUAGGUUCACACCUCAUAAAGGCUUCCAGCGCUUCGAUGCUCUGGAGCAGAGCGAGUCGAUCAGUCCGAGCCAGGCUGGGCUGGGAAUGGCUCCUCGCCAGAGGUUCCUCUUUAUCAGCAUCCUGGACAAAAAGGUGACGCUGUACAGCUACAACUGGUCCGUGGAUUUGGGCGCCUCUCUGAAUCGCGAGCUGGUGCGUCUGGUGAAGUGGCAGAAUGCGAGGGCUCAUGUUGUCCACUGCCUGUUCAACCAGAAGAUGGGUCUCUUCCAUCACUACUGCUUUUCCGAUGCACCCAUCCAUGAAAUAGACUCCAAGCAGGAUCCCAACCCAUUCCUCGGUCCCUCCAUGGAGCCUGAUGCAUUGCUGCGGAGCGCAGUCCCUCCUCUGCCCAGUAAAGAGCAGGGCAGACUGGGAAACUCUGGUCGAAUUCUUGCUCCCCUCCACUUUCCCUCUGAGUUGCUUCCCUUUGAUGAAGCUCUGAGGGACGUCUGCACCAUUCGACCUUUGAUGGACGGAGAUGUGGUGGCUCGACAUGGCAGCCAGCUCUUGGAGAUCAAAGCUGCUGAGCGGAGAGAAUUAGAGAAGCAGAUGAAGAUAGAGAACCUGUUUGUGACCUGGCAGCAGAGGUCAGCACAGUCCAACAUGCCCAUUUCAGGGACAGAUUUGGAGACUCUGAAGCAGUCAUCCCGACUGGUCCACUACUGUGCCACCCCUCUGCUCUUUGACCCCGUCUUCCGCAAGCAGAUCCAAGAGGAGCAGAUUAUUCAGCCUCUAGAAAAGAAAAGGCAUCGCUCCAGUGAUUCCACGGCAUCAGGUCGGGACCGGAGCUACAGCACAGACUCGGCUGACAUGCUGCCCGGCCGACUGAAGGAAGAACCCUGGCUGCUUGAAAUUUCCAGCACCUUCCUUCAGCAGUAUGUCCAAUACCUGCAGAGCAUGGGCUUCAUUUUGGUGCAGGUCCGGCCUCAGUCUCCAGCUCGCAGCAUCGCCCGUGCUCGUGCUGCCAUGUUGAACUCCAUGUCAUCAGAAGGCAGGAUGUCUUUUUCUUAUGUGAAGCAGAAGAGCGAGGACAGCCCUAAGGCUGCAGCGUCUGGUACCACCGCGUAUCACCUGCAGAGGGCGCUGCCAGGAGGCAUCGUGUUGAUGGAACUGGCUUUUCAGGGCUGUUACUUUUGUGUGAAGCAGUAUGCACUGGAGUGUUCCCGUAUUCCCAUGGGCCAGACCGUCAACUCGCAGCUCUCCAUGCUCUUCACUGAGGAGUGUGAUAAAGUGAGGGACACCAUGCACGUUCACUCCUUCAGCUACGACUUCCACCUGCGAGUGGUUCACCAGUACCUGGUCGGCUGCCACAUGACGCUACGGCAAGGCUACCAGCUCACCGACUUCCUGGACGACUUCAUCUCCCAUCACCCGGACAUCCCCAAGUUCGGCCGCAACCACGUCUUUCAAGGGAGCUUCUCCAUCUCCACGGGGAUGAUAACGGCUCACCAGCUCUACAACUACAUCACCGACCACGCCAGCACGUAUGGCAUGAAGCCGCUCCGCAUGUCGAAGGCUGCGGUGGCCACUGACAACAAGAAGGCGAUGCCUGACCUUCACGAGUAUGCCCUGGUGGCUCUGUGGAACAGUUCGGGCUCUUACAAGGAUCUGGACGGUCUGCCCCACCACGAUGACUUUGACGUUUCCCUGGUGGUGUGUCACAACGCUGCUCCGUUUGAGGAGCAGUCAGACGGGGAGCGGCAUCUGCUCAGGCUACGCUUCUACGUGAUCAUGACCAGUCAGCGGGAGCUAUUCCCCCGCCUCACUGCAGACAUGCGCCGCUUUAAGAAGCUUCCUCAGAUCCACCGUGAUCCCGGAGAGCUGGGGGACGGCUCUCCCAGGAUCGAAGGCUCAGGGCUCCUCUACGCCUCCCCACUGUUCCCUCUUCUCAACAACGAGGUGGCGUCUGCCCGCAGACAGAUCCAGAUCAGCGUGGAGCAGGCCAUGGGUCACUGCCGCAGGGACAACCUGUGGAGGAGGCUGUUCCACGGCGAGCAUGUGGCCCUGGAUAAACUGAAGCUGGCCAAGUUGUCAUUCAGUGAGCUGGAGGAGCUGCUGGAGGCCGUGCAGAGCCGGUCAGUGGGGGAAAUCGACCCGCAGCUGGACUGUUUCCUGACCAUGGGUCCAGCCUGGUACCAGAGUCUCAUCAAAGUCCUGCUCAGUCGCUUCCCUCAGAGCUGCAGACACUUCGACGACAACGGCAUCCAGUAUCUGGUGAGAAAGUUUACAGACUGCUUCGUUCUGGUAUUUCUGGACAACCAAGCUGGAAAAACUAGUUUAAAGGUUGUGUUUCGGGAGCCGCUGCCAUUGCAGCCGCAGGCCGGCAGCAGCCCUCCUCCUCAGCUCGUGUCCAUGUAUCAUCACCUGGAGUCUGUAAUUAACACCGCGUGCUACAAUCUGUGGACCGGACUGCUAUAGCACUCAAACCCGACUCGUGUCCGUGCUGAACACAAGAAACAUGGAAACGACAGCAGAAGGAAACCUUUCUAUAUAAUGAUGAGCUCACUGACUGGGAACAGCAACAUACUGGACUCGUGUGCAUUUAAGAAGCAGUUUUAAAUGUUAAGGAUCAUAAAGUGGAGCAAACACUACAACGUGUUCCCUCGCAGCACUUUGUCAUCAGGUUCUACGUGACAGUUACUGCCUUCAAACAGCACCGUGACCACGCCACAACGAAAGCUCCUUUCUUACCAUUAUUCUCAAGAGUCAGACGGGCGAUCAACAUCCCAAUAAUUCAGAUUGAUAAAGAGAACCGCAGGCAAUCCCUUUAAAUCAAAACAUACAAAAUAAUGUUUAAAA